AUGGUAAUGGCGAAGUUAGAUAUUGAAAUUCAGACAAGGAAAAUAUUGAAACCCUCAGCUCCUACACCAGAUAAUCUUCGGAGACUGAAGAUUUCCUUGUUUGAUCAGCUGGCUCGUUCUGCAUAUGUAUCAAUCGUCUUCAACUACUUGCCGAGCAGCAGUUCAUCAUAUGAUGAUGAUAAGCUUGAAAAAUCAUUGGCGGAGACGCUAACCAAGUUUUACCCUUUUGCUGGAAGAUUAGCAAAAGAUGAUCCAUUCUCCAUCGACUGCAAUGAUGAAGGUGUUGAAUAUGUUCGAACCAAAGUCAAUGCAGACGAUCUUGCUCAAUUUCUGGGUAAAGACGAUGAUGAUAUUGAGUCGUCUUUGAUUGAUCUUCUUCCAAUAAAAGAUGUUGAGCUAUCAUCGCCAUCAAGUCCGUUAUUUGGUGUCCAAGUGAACGUAUUUAAUAAUGGAGGAGUAAGCAUAGGGAUACAAAUUUCACAUUUCCUAGCUGAUGCUUUCACUUUAGCUACAUUUGUAAAUGAAUGGGCGCACACUAACACGUUGUCGUCGAUGCCUCAAGAUAAUAAUGACCUCCACAAGUUUGGUGACUUAUCAUCCCUGUUUCCACCAAAAAUGCUACAGUUGCCAUCCUUUGAUCCCAACACUAGUAGUACUACUACCACUGUCCCUAGCUAUAAGAAUGUGACAAAGAGGUUUGUCUUUGAUGCUUCGGCAAUAGAAAGCCUCAAAAAAACAAUCAAAGAUGAUUCAAGUAUGAUGAGGAAGCCUACAAGACUGGUGGUCGUUAUGUCCUUAUUAUGGAAGGUUCUGGCACGCAUAUCUUCCGCCAAAAAUGGAAAUUCAAGGGACUCGUGUUUCGGAUUUGUUAUUAGUUUCAGGGGGAAAGUGUCAUGUAUUCCGUCUACAGAACAUGUUCUAGGGACUUUUUCAAUACCAGAAAUUGCUAAUAUGGAGGGCGAUGUGGCAAGAAAGGAUGAGUUGAAUGGUUUCGUAAAGUUGGUAGGGAAUAGAAUAGGGGAGACAUUUGCAGCCAUUGAUAAGGCGUCAAAAGUUGAUGAUAUUUACUCUCUAACUCUUAACAAUCAGAUAAAAGUUAUUGAAAAAUUUGUACAAAGAGACAAGAUGGACUUUUAUGGCACCACUAGUUGGUGCAAAUUACCUUGGUAUGAAACUGACUUUGGUUGGGGAAAACCAUUCUGGGUGACCCCUGUUUCCUUCCGUAUUUAUGAACAAACUACUCUGAUGGACACAAAAGAUGGUGAUGGAAUAGAAAUAAUUGUUACUAUGAAGGAAAAUGACAUGACUGAAUUUGAGAGAGACCCUCACAUUUUGUCCUCCACUUCCAAACUAACCUUUGGAUAA